AUGUUACAGGGUAACAUUCCAUGCGGCCGAAUUAGGGUUGGAUGGAUCAAGUGGAAGGAAGCGAGUGAGGAAUCUUCUGGUCCUACUUCUGAUGACGACUUCUUUCUAUGCGAGCCCUUAUCCACUGAUAUUCCAAAAACAGUUGAUCUCAACUCACCUGAUAGCAUAAACGAAGGAAUAGUUUCUACUCUAAAUGUCCUUUCUCCAACCAAAGUAGAUCCGGCAGUCCGAAGACAUCCUUCCCCCUAUUAUUACGGAGAUUUAUAUAAAUAUAAGACUACAGAAAGUAGCCCUCCAGUAUGGAAAGCUGAAAAUAAAGGCAAGCUAGCUCAGAGUCUUCGAGAGCCAGACUCUAAGCCAAGCGUUACUCAUAAAAGAACUAAAAGUUAUCGAAAAUUUCGGAAAAGUUCUAGCUUAGAGAAUCCUAUUGAAGCCAAGGAUCGAACAGUUAGACCUAAAGUUAACAUCAGAUAUAAGAAGAGCUCCAGUGUAGAAACCCAAAGCAUCGAUUCAAGAGACGCUCCCAAUGGCAAUUCAAUGCCUCCAAAUCCAGUUACUGUCACCGCUUAUGAUGAUUAUGGACUAGACGACAUGACACGCCAACGUCAUGUAUACGAAACCGCCUUUGAUUGUCGGAUAAGUAAAUCUGACGAUGAUCUAGAUCAAAUUGAGAAAGUUACUAACCAUCCUGUUCUCGUCCAUAUUAAUAAGACUUGGGACAAAAGCCAAGGUUCAGAGCCAUCCAUAGAUAGUAAUUCGCUGAAUAGAAGACACCGAGGAAGGGAAAGAGAAUGUACAAAAUCCAGCCAUGAGGACAAUAAUUCGUCGAAUAUCCGUUUAGUAGAAGCAGAAGAGAACAAUUGCGCAUCGUCAAGCGGUCUUCCUCUACGACGAUAUACUCCCUCACCGCCGUCCACAGCACCCUUACCAGCUAAAUUUCAUGGCAAAGAGCAUACAAUGAACAGCAUUCGCAGCGCUCCUAAUCUUCCUUCGCACCACAAAUCGCGGUUCAUUCCUGUGAAAUCGCUUACUACCAGCAGUGAUAGUUUACAAAUACGCCAAGGCAGCGCGUUUGAAAUAGAAUUUGGUUGCAGCUCUAAUAAAUUAAUAUCCGAAUUUAAGGGAAGGCCUGCACAUUUGAAAGAAGAAGCUAAAGAUAGAAUUUACGAAAUCAAAGGAAGGCCUAGGAAGGAGCUACUCAUUAUUAAUAAAAGGUCCAAAGAUAGUCUGUUGGAGUUUAAAGGGAGGAGAAUUAGACACAAAUAUUCCAGUACUGAAAGCAUGACGACUAGUAGUAGUGGUGGAAGUAUGGAGAGUAUUAAGAGUAGUACCAGUGAAGGAAAUAGAAGUACUAGCAGUUCUGAGAGUAGGCAGUCACCUUCCCUUAGCUCGCACAGUUCAGAUUCCGGUGGAAAUCCAAAAAACUAUACCGUCCCCCAAACUUCAAGUGCUUUCCUGGGUAACAAGCUCCACAUUUUAAGUCCUAUUUCUGAUAAAUCAUCUCAAGAACCAAUAUCCGAAACAUCAGAUAACAACAGAAACAACAAUUCACAAAAGUGCACACCAGAAGAGGUUCAACCGGCACUAGAAACAUUAAAAACCAAACGACGUUUACCUCAGAAUAAAAAUUUGCUAAAUCUUGGUUUCUAUGCGACGAAUCCAGAAAUCCAAGGAUCGGACAGUGGCAUUUCCAUACAAUCAAGAGAAGGUAUCAAGUCAAGAUUUAGCUUCACCGGUGCCGAAUUAUCAGCACCUCCUAGCCAGCAGGACUUCUCAGAUUUGCCGUUCGACAUGCCGAAAUUGCGGAGGAGACGAGCGGUCCCUGAGGCCACUUGCACUUCAGGUAGCGCUACAUCCGUGGAUUUAAGGGAUUUACCCUUCGAUAUGCCUAAAUUGAGAAGGAGAAUGCGGCUCCAACCCUCAAACUUGGAAGCUAGUGCUUCCCAAGCGUCUUCAAGUCAAAGCGUCGUAGAAGCAGAUAGACAAGCUUCCUGUCGACCAAAACUAACAUUGAAUUUGAGUGAAAUUGGAAACCACCCAAAGCAUGCUUUGGGACUUACACUUUCUGGACUUGGAUUAACAUUAAAUUCAAGUAUAAAUCAACCUUCAACAAGUUCUGACACAAUUGAUAUAUAUUUGCCCCUAGAAAAACAAGGAUGGUUCCAUGGCCAAAUAAGUAGAGUCGAAGCGGAAAAUGUGUUAAGAAUAUUAAGAGAAGGCAGUUUUUUGGUGAGAAAUAGUGAAUCUAUUAAAAAUGAUUUCUCAUUAUCUCUCAAGUAA